AUGAAACUGCGUCUUGGACGAGGGACCUCUGUAGCUAUGGCUCGAGCGAACAUGAUGCGUUUUUGUUGUUGCGUCUAUUCAUCGAUCUGGGCCGUGGCCGCGGGCGCGGGCGUCUGCCGGGGCGCCUGGCGGAGCGCGAACGCGGGCGCGGGCGCCAGCAUGCCGAUUUCCCAGCGGCAGUCCACCACUUCGAGUGCAGAAGCAUGCUUGUUUCGUUUGCAGGGGGCGCCCCGCGCGCGCGCGAACCAGACAUACUCUGGAUUCUGGAGCAUCGUUUGGCACGCCUCUGGCCCGCUGGGCCGGCGACUUUUGCGGUGUUUCUAA